AGGAAGAAUGAAUGAAUGAAUGUGAAGAUAGACAUAAGAUAACAGAAUACGUAUAGCUAGAUGUUUGUCUCUGCUGUUGUGACUUUCCAAAUCCCUAAUCUUCAUUCUAUUACUAUUAAUUAAAUCUGCUAAUCUUCAUUAAGGAGGAAUUGCCUAGGAGGGAGGAGACGCCCAUCUCCUCCUCAGCUAGCUAAUUUCUCCUCAAUUCUCCAUUUACUUCUCUGGAUGUUACUGUUGCAAUCUCGACCAUUACACGUAACAACGAAAAAGUUGGCCACGUAAUUUCCCGUUGAUAGCAUAAGCGGUAAGUUGAUAAUGGUAUCAGAUUUUGAAUCCACAAAUGGAACCAAAUCUUGACGUCACAGCUAUUAGCUGUCUCUGCCACUAUCUAAUUUCCCUCGAUUCUCUCUCUACAUCUCAAAAUCUGAACCUUUACUAUUUAUUCACUCAUUUCACUCUCAACAAUACACUCUUCUCUUCUCUCUUCAUGCAAUUUUGGCCAAAACUUUCUUCUUCUUCAUUUCUUGAAAUCUUUUAAAAUGCAGUCUCAAUACCCAAGAAUCACGCAAGAACAAUCUUUGACUGAUUGGAGAUCUAAUAAUGCAAGUGCAAGUUCUUCUUCUACUUUGAUUGGAGAUUACAUUGGCAUUGAGAGCUGUCUUGAUCUUAAAGAUAAUCACGAUGAUACGUUUUUUAAGGACACUGAUCAUCAGCAAAGAUUGAAUCUACUCCGUCGCAAGAGAGAUCAACGGUGUUCGCCCAAGGUUAAAAAGGAGUUUCCGCCGCCAAUACCGUUGCUGGCCAGAACUGGGAAUUUGCCCGGCCAUAUGCCUUGGGUUUUGAAGAGAUAUUAUACGAGUGACGGGAGAUUGAUUCUUAAAGAAGAGAGAGUUAAGCAUCACGAUUAUUUUCGUGCUCAUCGGAGUAAUGGCCGUCUUACUCUGCACCUUAUUUCUUUAGAUCAUCAAGUUUAUAACUCUCCUUCUGAGGUUGUAAAUGAGGUUAACUUAGAAAACGAAAAAGAAAAAGAAAAUGAGAUUGAAAAUUGUCACAGUGAAGAAGAAGAAGAAGAAGAUGAUAGGAUUGAGAAAUGUUGCAGUGAAGAAGUAAAGGAAAAAGAAAAUGAAUGUGAAGAAGAAACACAAGUGAAUGAAAAUGGAGGAGCUAAAGAAGACGAGUUUGAGAAUAUGAAGAAGAAGGAAAUUGUAUAUGAUGAAGAAGAUGAGAGAGUUGCUUCUUCUAUUGAAAAUGGCGGAAGCAUUGGUGGAACUGUGAGUGGUUUGAAGUGCUUCAAUUACAUUUUGAGACCAGGCUCCACUUGCAUUUUUGAGAUGCCAGUACCAACUCUGAGGCCAAUUCACAGUUAGAUAAAGUUAGGGUUUGUUUGGGGAAGAAGAAGAGGUUUUACUAAUUGUUUAGGAUUACUUAAGAGCUUGAUUAGGGUUUUGGUGAAUCCAUCGUCGUUUCGUAGAUUUAAAUAUUAUUCCUUUCGAGGCUUUAAUACCAAAGUUAAGAGAAGUUAGAUUCACAGAGUGGAUAGGUUAUAUAGCCCUAUUCUUUCACACCAUUUACUUGUGUAUGACAUUAGUGAAUUUUCAUUUAAAUGUCUCGAAAACAAAAUAUUCUUUUUUGUAUUA